AUGGCGGUCUGGUAUGCUUUCGGUGUGGCAAUAUUUGCUGCAAUCGGAACGUUCUUGUUUGGGUUUGACACAGGCAUCGCUACGACAACAAUCGCCCAUGAAAGCUGGAUUGACUACAUGAACCACCCGUCGAAUGGCCUGACAGGAGCCGUUGUGUCAGUGUACAUCGCUGGCGAAGCAGUCGGUGCGCUCACUCAGACUGCAAUCGGAGAUAAACUAGGUCGACUCCGAUUUAUGGAAUUGUCGUGUAUUGUUGUCACCAUCGGAACAGUCAUCCAGACUGCGGCUGUAAAUAUCGGAAUGUUCCUUGCUGGCCGCCUGUUGGCCGGUUAUGCUGUUGGCGGAAUGGUCGCUACAGUCCCGAUAUAUCUUAGCGAGAUAUCAUCCCCUCGUUAUCGCGGCUUGAUUGGGGGUAUCUCAGGCUGCGGCAUCGCAUUCGGAACGAUGGCUUCGAACUGGGUCGGAUACGCCUGUAGCUAUGCACCAUAUGGUCAGGUGCAGUGGAGGGUUCCUCUGGCGAUUCAAGUCCCGUGGGGUAUCAUCAUGUUCGCCGGACUGGUCACCUUCAUGCCCGACUCUCCACGCCACUUGAUUCGAGUAGGUCAGAUUGAGAAGGCGCGCAGCGAGUUCAUCAAAGGCCGACGGGAUUUACGUCCGGACGAGGCUCACCAGGAGUUUUUGGAGAUGGUCGCGCAAAUCCAAUACGAGACGGAGAGAGAGAUAACCUCCUAUAAAGAGAUCUUCCGCAUGUUUCGACGACGCGCAUUAGUCUCGAUUGCCGUGCAGACAAUGACGAGUCUUACCGGCGUGAACGUCAUCCAGGUAUCAACUCUCUACAAAUCCCUCGGAAUCGACUCCCAUACCAUCCUGGCCUUAGCUGCUGUAUACGGCACCGUCGCGUUUAUAACCAAUUGCCUCACCACAAAGUACCUCACGGAUCAAUGGGGUCGUCGCAAUAUGAUCCUAGCCGGCCUCGCCGGAAUCAUCAUCAUAGAGAUAUAUGCCGCUGUUAUGCAGCGGGAAUUCCAGAAUACGAACAAUAGAGUUGGGAAAGGCUUUGCCAUCCUGGGAAUCUACCUGUUCGUGGUGGUCUACUAUGGCAUGCUUAACAGUACCACCUGGCUAUACGGCGCCGAGGUUCUGCCCAUUGCGCUUCGUAGCAAGAUCAUGGGACUGGCCGCAGCAUCUCACUUUAUAGUCAACGUCGCAAUCACCGAAGCCGGCCCCAGCGCCUUCGCGAAUAUCCACGAGAACUACUACUACGUCUUCGUGGCCUGCACUGUGUUCUUCUUGGGUAUCGCCUAUCUCUACUUCCCGGAGACCAAACGCAAGACACUGGAGGAGAUUGCCGCGUCGUUUGGCGACAAGGUGGUCGCGGCGGGCGAGCAAGGCGAAGGGGAUCCGGAUGCGAAGCCCCAUUCUCAGCGGGUGGAGGUUGUUUACGAAGGAUAG